GCUGUGGAUUCACCACGUAGCUUCCAGCUCUACAGAGGCGCUGUUAACAGUCAUAACGCUUUAUGUUUCUGUUACAGCACAGGUUUAUUAUCAGAUAUAUUUAAUAAAGCACCUGUGAUGGCAACGAGUGUAGGACUGGCCAUGAAUCCGCCGCACACGACGGAAGAGAGGGCGGUGUUCACGCAGCUGAAGCCGGUGAGGAUGUCUGGAGCGGACGGAGCGGAGGAGGCGUCCGUGUUCGAGGACGUCAAACCCGGGACUCGGCUGGAGUUGGACAAGUACUUCCCCCAGUCCACCAGUUCUCUCCUGACCCUCCCUCCUGACUCCACGGACAAGAAAUACAGAAGAGAGAGCGCCUCUGUGGUGGACGAGUACUUCUCAGAGGAUAAACCCUCCACACCCUACAGCCUCAACAUCAACGUCAUCCUCCCCAGCACCACCCACCUCCGCACCGGCCUCUACCGGCCCAACACCAAGACCCUGACACCACAGCAGAUCAAAAUAGAACCCGGCCUGGAAGUGCCCUGCUCCAUCCCCACCUCCACCACCCAGGCCCUGCCGGACUUCACUUCAGUGUUCAGCGUCCCGCCUGUCGUCAACAACGUCUUCAUAAAACCUGAAAUGAAUGCUGGAGGAGUGGUGAGCAACCCUGCGGGGUCCCAGCAGCAGCAGCAGCAGCCAAACCUGGACUCAGAGCUUCACAUCGGACCACAGCCCCCCCAGCCACAGGUCUACCACAUGCCCAUCACCAGCUGUGCCGACCUCACCAUGACGCUGUCCCACACCAGCCCGUCGGCGCACAUCUCCACCAACGGCAGGACCAUCAUGAACCUUGGCGCGGUUGCGUUGCCAACGUCGAAUGGAAACUACCUGAUGGCGGAGCAUCAGCUACAGCAGCAUCACGGGUACUACCAAGCCUCCUUGAACAACCCCUCCCAGCACACGGCCCCCCACAGUCUGCCCCCCUCACCCCCAAACUCUCAGCCGGGUAGUCCCGAUGGUCAGGCAGAUCUGCUUAACUUAGCGCCACAAGCUCCACCUCCAUACCAACAGCGCCUGGGAGGAAUGAAGGUGACAGGGUUGUCCCAUCAUGCCUUGCUGAUGACGCACGGCCAGGGUGUUCUGACAGGACCCAAAUAUAACAGACGGAACAAUCCGGAGCUGGAGAAGAGGAGGAUCCACUUCUGUGACUACCAAGGCUGCACCAAAGUUUACACAAAGAGCUCUCAUCUGAAGGCACACCAAAGGACGCACACAGGUGAGAAACCGUACCGCUGUACGUGGGAGAGCUGCGACUGGCGCUUCGCCCGAUCGGACGAGCUCACCAGACACUACAGGAAACACACCGGAGCGAAACCCUUCAAGUGCAUCGCCUGCAGCCGCUGCUUCUCCCGCUCCGAUCACCUGGCCCUGCACAUGAAGCGCCACCAGAACUAACACAGACACACCUGUACAUAUCACUCAACCGCAAUCAUACACAAACUAGUGUCUAAACAUGAUAGUCGCACGGACCAAACAGCAUUCAUGAACAGAACCAAAAUCAUCCCUGUUGCUCCGUCAGGGAUCAUAUCUAUGAAACAGGAUUGAUAACAGGAAAAUUUCUCUUUCAGAUAUGCAAAUUGACCACCAACAAACAUGGGCAGUUACGAUAGAUUUCUAACAUCCCAGUCCCACAUUAUACAGUAUGCUUUCAAGGUAUACUGAGUACACAAUUCAGCACUUUUCUUCUUUUUAUGUAUCUUAUUGGUUUGUGAAAACAAUAGAAUCAAUGACAUACUCAGGAAAAUCCCAAGUUCCAAGUAUAGCUGUCUACUGUCUAGUCAAACAUAUCUCAAUACUCAGAAUCAGCAUUAUCGUCAGUUUCAACCACCAUGAUGAAGGAAAUCCAAAAUGUAAUGUCCUCAUAUGUACGUGCAGCGUCUUAGGAUGUUGAGAUAUACAAAACUCAUUUCAACACACCUAAGAUAUGUAAACCUGUUACAAGCAACAAACUCUUUAUUUUUUCCAUUUUAUAUCCUGAAAUUUGGUGUUUUACUGGACUUGUCAGUUAACCCUUAUUGCUCACAGCUAUUUUUUCAACGUAAUGUCUCUACCUUAGAAAGCUUGUAAAACAUCAACCCUGUGAUGCACAGUCAAGCUCUACACAUACUUUAUUUUUCAGGACAACCUGGACUUUAAGAAUAUAUCUACUACAGUAAUGUCACUUAAAUUUUUUCUCUAAAGACAAAAUGCAUUGUGGUAAACAACAUGGCGAUGCCUUGGGCAAAAAGCUGAAUUAAGUGAUCGAAAAUUGAUUAAAAAUAGAUAAAAAGACACUUAAUAUCGGAUCUGACAAUGUGGAUUCAAUCUGUAAAGACCCCGAAAAGUCACCGAAGGUCCGGGCUCGUCUUUUAGGGCUACAGAGACAUCGAAGGUAGGAAACAAACAACAAGAAAGUCAGCUUUUAGAGGAAAAAAGAGUGUCUAUAACUUACGGUUCAAAAGUUAUCAACAUUUUUAUAAACUUGUCACCUCUUGUUAUUUACGACAACGCUCCUUAGAGAUCCCGGAAAGUCAGCCAAGUUCCGGGCUCACUAGAAAAAGUUCUGUAAGAGCUAUAAAUGCAUGGAGAACAUAGUCAGAAAGGCAUAAUGCUGAACUUUCAGAUAAAAAAAACAAUUAAGUGCCUAUGACCUACGACAUUUGAACUUUACCAAGUGAUUUUUAAAGGGAUGUGCUUGCAGCAUGAAUCCGUGCCGCGUGAGCUCUAAGGGUUAAAUGAUGAGGUUGUUUUUGACUCAUAUUAGAUAAAUGCACUUGCACAGGUUUUAGUUUUGCAGAGUAAUGCUGAAACCAGCAGACACUGAGCCAGCUUGCCUUUUUUUGGCUUUAUUUUAAGGCAACUUAAUCGUGCUUGCAGCAGGAAUUGCAUCAUGCCACGCUAUUCCCCAUCCACCUCUCUUUGUGUGUUUUAUCUCCUAGGAUACUGAACAAAAAUUAUAAUCAAUUUUUGUACAUCUUAGGACAGAUUUAUGGUCACUUUUCAGGACUUAAGCAAAGUAGUAUGCAUCAGUUAAAAUGCGUGCAUGCAGACUUUGCAUGCUUGGUCUGCUUGCUAUAAAUUGUAAUAAAUCAAAGGACAAAAUGUCUUACAGUUGGCCUGUGGAAAAUAACUUUGAUUUUUAGCUUUUUCCUCUUAUUGUUCUCUUUUUCUUGAUGAGAUAAAAAUCAUCCGUUGCCAUCAGUCAGUGCUGUGUUUGCAUAAGUCUUAGCACCAGAGCUAAUGAUCUACCCAGGACUCAGAGAUGAUUUUGGUGUCUGUUUCCAUCAUGCUGAUCCAUAACACACAUCUAAAAUAACGUGCAACAUGCACACAAUCGCACUUACACAAAUGCAUUGCCUACUGCAGACGUCAGAACUGUGGGGUCAGGCUCUUACCAAGCAUUCAGGACUCUUUUUGAUCAAAUCGAGGACUGAAGUUCUUCCACAUGAACUAUUUUUACCCUAAAAUCUGUUGCCAACUUCCUCCUCCCCCUCACUGUCACCAUGUUUUAUUGUUUGAGGUAUGAACUGUCAAAGAGGAGAGCUUCCUUCCAUCCUGCCUUUUGUAAAUACUUGUGUAUGUAUAUAAGUCUGAGAUUGUGCGUCUGAGAAUACAAAACGAAUGUAUUAAGAUUUAUACUUGACUUUUUUUAUAUUAAAUGUUGAUACGAUUUUAAAUGUCGAAACUUCCUUGCGACAUAAUCUCCCUUUAAGAGGGAAAAAGUCAACAAAAUAAUCAACUGUCAUGAUCUGGAACCCUCAAUGGAAAAGUUAGUAAUCACCUGGUUCUGCUUGUUUCAGCACAGGUACUACCUGUCGAGCUCACAGCCAUUUGCCAAUGUUUGUAUGCGUGAUAGUACAGGUUACCACGGUGACACAGCUCUGACAGCAGUUCACGGUUUGCCUGCAGUUUCUGUACAGCGCCGGUUUUUCCUUUUUUCUCCUGUAUUUGUUUAACACUUCAACUCCAGAGGGUGGAUGUACCGGUAACCCAAUUACUCUUGAUGGUUUUAAUGAAGAGUGCACUGUAAACUGGAAGGUUAACGUACGCUUCAUGGCGUGACAUUAAAUGUCAGCUGUGGCUUCGUGGUUCUUUUUUAGUUUCGAGUCAUAAACUCUGGAUGUUUCUGCAAUGGUGUAGCUUGUACGACUGCCAACAACAUUACAAAAGGAGAAAAUAUGCUUUGCUGUUCACAUGAGAUGAGCUGAAAUAGUCGAUGUUACCAGGAAAAUGGAUAAAGAUAUAAAAAAAGUAACUCUAUUUAUUUUGAAUGACUGAAUUAUAGUUGUUAUUUACAGAAAUGUGUCCCCUUACAAUCCUUACCCCCCUUUCUUCUGAAAAAAGGUUCAAAUAAAACAAGCUUUAUAAGUUUUCAUCAUCAAGGUCUCUUCUAGCUGUAAAUCAAAUUUCAGCUGAAGUGGUUAAACCCUCUUGGUGGAGUUCAUCCUUGAAGGACUCCUGAAAAUGGGCCAGAAAAACACAGAUUGUGCUAAUUUAUACACAAAUAGCUGAUUUCCUGUUGGAGUUAGAGUAUGGCCCCAAGAGGGUUUUUUGUAGAUCUCAUCAAGCAGCAUAGGCUCAAUAAAUUUCAUACAUGUAGGUGAAAGUAACCCCUAUGGGGGACCCUGUUUUGAAGUUUUCAAGGGGGCGCUAUUGGGCCAUUUUGCAUGAGUCAUGUGCAAAACCACCAAGAUAUCCCAUUUCUCAGCAGGUCUGAUAAUUAUGAUGAGUUUGAAGAGUUUUUGACAUGUUACAGCUGCCAAAAUGCCAUCAAAAUGGCAUAAAAUGGCACGUCCUUGCAUCCCAAUAGUGAAAAGAAUUCACAUCCACACCUCAACAGAAAAUAACUACAACAGUAAUAACUGAUCUUAAUGUUGCAAAGACACUUAUGAGCAGACUAUCUGUGUCCAAAACCAUAGACGAUCGUUAAAUUUCAGUUGUUUGUUUCAGUGACAUAGGACACCACAGACAUACUGACAGUUUUUAAACCAGUUUUUUAUGUUACAGAUAGGGCGGUUAAACUAUACAAAUUAAUUAAUAUAUAUAUGUUUUAGGGCUUUUUAUGUCUUUAAUUGACAGAGAAGAAGUGUGGAUAGAGUCAGAGACAGGGGUAAGAGAGUUAGAAGAGACAUGUGGGAAAGGAGCCACAGGCUGGACUUGAACCUGGGCCACCCUGUACAUGGGGCGUGACCUAACCAGUAGGCCAUCUGCACCCUAAACUAUAACACUUUAAAUCUAGAUCAAGCUCAGAGUUUCUUUGCAAUUACUAUCCACAUUUUCAAAUCCUGCCACUUUGCAUGUGAGAUAGUUUAAUUCCAUUUUUUUUUAUUUUUUAUAUUGGCUUCAACUAAGGGUAAUUCACAUCUAAUUUUGGCGCAGACCUGCUUUUAUUUUGAAGGAAAACAAGGAAAAGGAACUUGUCUUGGAUUGAAAAGAAAAUAAGAGAACUUUAAAGUGGUAAAUGUUUGAUGGCUCAAGGUGCAGAUGACCUUUGACUUGUCCGCUGAGCUGUGAAAUGUGACAUUAAGGGGCAGUGGUUGACUUAUGUACAUCACUGUGGCUGCAGGGAGUGUUGCUAAAAGGGACAACAAAGCAGGCAAAUGAUGCAAUUUUUAAAAAAUGACACACUAAUUAUGGAUCUUAAUUAAUGCGACUGAUGCAUUAACUCUGACAGCCCUAUUUAUAAUCCCACUGAAGACACACAGGAUUAUUGAACCAGACCUUGAAAACACAUGCCUGUCAUUUGUAGUAAGAAUCUCACGGUGGCGUUUCCACCCAUGCAAGAUUUCACAGAAGCUUGCGUGAUCAAAUGUGACUUCAGAAUAAAACUUUUACAAAACUUAAACUGCACAUAAAAUUUAAUGUGAUGUAUGUAAAUUCUGAGGUUUUUUUGGUCAUGUCUAUGAAUGGCAAAAGUAAACUACAUUGCUACCACUCAUUGAGUGUUGAAGGUAAUCCAUGAGACUCAGCUCGAUCUGUUCUCGUAACUAUCAAACAUGUUUGAUAUGUACGAUUCAAGAUCAGGGAGGAUCUGGCUCAGUUGGUAGCGGUAAAAUAACGACAUGACACCGCCCACUUGGGGGAUUGUUAGGAUAGAUAAUUAGUUAAUAAUUCUGGCAAUGCCCCGAUUGUUGGAUGUUGCGGAGAAUUAGGAACAUAAGGCCCAAAAUUAGGCCUAAAGUUCUAGGGAGUAGCCAGCCUUAUUCACGUUUCAUUGUAAAUGCUUAAGGAGAAUGCUUCCCCACUAGGGGGAGCUACUCAGCAAAAUCAGACCAGUUCUACAACUGCCAACUUGUACCAUCUUAAGGAAAAGCGUGUAACAGCAGCAUAGCUUUAAAUCUGCAGAUUAACACAGCUCCCUGCAGGACAAGGAAGUCUUUACGCCUGAGCUAUUUAAAGGACAGAACUGGACAUAAAUCAAAUUCACAUGCAACAUCAAAUGCAAGUUUCUUGUUCUGCUGUUAUAGUUGUUUUCCUAAAGGUGGCACAUGUUGGAAAGGAAGAGGGGAUUUUAAAUUUCUGAUCUUUUUUUUUUUUUAAACCCAUGAACUCAACAAGCAGAAACUUCAAUUUACAUUUCUUCAGCUGGAACAACUUUGUGAUCUAAGAGCAUUCAGUUUUUAAGGUUAUAAAGACAGUUAUUGAUUGGCCCAUGUCUGUCCAUCAUGAAAUUCAUCCCUUAAUUUCAACAUUAAUGUUUUAUUCUGUAAAGACUGGUUCUCCUGCCUCACUCUCUCUGGAGGAGGGAGCACCGACCGCCCGCUGUGUACAUAACUGUAGUUUUACCAGAAGACUUUGUAAAUAUUUAUUUGUUUUAUUUCCUCCUAUUUUAUUAAUAUUUGUUUUCCUUUUUUAAACUAAUGGGAUUUUAGAUCGGUACUAUGUAAAUGCUUGUUAAUUGUGUUUUGAUACUUCAUGUGUGUGUAAGAGAAUUUAUCAGUUUAUGAGCAAAUUCCUAAGAACAACAACAGUGUAUUUUUUCUGUUUGUGCAAAA